AUGUCCACCAACGUCCAGAGCUUACUGGGUUCGCUCCCGUCGUCUGAAAUUCUCCAGAAUUAUAUCCGUUUCGUGUCUGGUAGCACUAAAGUCGAGGCCGAGAUUAAAUCCUAUCCCGACUUGGUCUAUUUCAGCUACUACACAAUCGGUGUCAGUCUUCAAUUCAAACCGACGGAUGGCUACCGCCCAAAGAUGGGCUUGAAGGAGUCUGAUUUGGAGAAGAAUCGUUUGAUUCUCGAUGGCAUCGAUUUCUACAACAUACCCAAGGUCGAUUCCUCCGACCCGAAAGCAAAGGGAACAUCAGCCAGACGAGCAGAAAUAGCGUUCUCCUCUUAUCCUAUUUCGCCUCUUACUCUAAAUAUCGCGUCCGAUAUCAAAGACAAGGACGGUAAAGUCCUUAGCCGACCCCCACAUUUUGAUGUUCUUCCUGCAAGUACAGGGAAGGACUUUGUCGAGUGCUUGGGAGAACCCGACCGUAAAGGCGGGGGCAGUGGGCCGUCGACGGGGUCGAUUGGGAUUUGGUGCGAAUGGUCACAGGACGGUAUUUUGGUUGAAUUUGGAGGCGAUGAGGCGAAAGGACCGCAGGCUUGGGAACGAGGAAAAGAUGCAGUAUGGAAAGUAAUCACAGUCUUUCGAAAGCCAUAUGUCUAUACCCUUCCUCUUCGUUUGCGUUGUAUCGAAUCCAUUUUGUAG